GUCCAAAGUCGAGAAGAACAUCUCGUACACAGAUCUCCGUUAGCCUAUAUUUAGCCUCCAUCUGUCACAUGAAAUGCAUGUCUUCACAUUGCUCUGCUGAUAUCUCGUCACUAAGGAUAUGAAGAGUUCACACACGGAAGUAGGAGUGUAGAUGUAAAAGAAAACAUGACUAUUACGUCGGUCUGAAUUCUGGCAAAUAGGCAAACAACCACUUGUUUCUUGUUUCACACUCUGAGUUUGGAUCGUGAGCUAGUAAUCAUAAAAAGCUAUAACGUAAUUGGCUAGUGAUGACCGAGUUGCUGUGAUGUAUUUUAAUUAUCGUCUCAACUCUACAUAGAAUUCGAGCUUGUAUCUUGUAAAAAACCUAUUGUUAUAAACUUGACAAUUAACAAAACAAUGGAUUUAUUUGGAUGGAUGACAGUGGUUGUUUUCAGUGUCCUUGCUUCAGUGAUUUGUGUUGGAGCGAGUGACCACAAGUGCACAUAUAUGAGGGCAAAGACCAUCACGAAGUUUGAACAAGUGUACAAACCCUGUAAGCUGUCAUACCGAGCACGAUGUUCCUGGUUCAGCUUAGAUUAUUGUACUUUUUAUCAUGAACAGUACUGCAAUAAAAACUUCAAUACUUCCGAGACAGUUUAUGUCAAUGUGAUAGAGUGCUGUAAAAAAUAUGUGAUGGCGCCAAAUGGUACCUGUGUUCUUCUGUCAAAAGUUGAAAAUGACGAAUGGUACAUUAUGAAACAAAACGUUACAACAGAUGCUCCUGUAGAGAUAAUACCCAUCGGCAGUGGGCCAGUGAAGAGUCCUCAGAGUGGGGAUUCUAACAGUAUAGGCUCUAUCGACCCUAGUAAGGUGUCUAAAGUGGAGACCAAGGAUAGCAGUAUGACACUCUCACACGGAGCCUAUGCUGGGAUAGGGUGUGCCUUACUGUUCCUGGGUAUCAUAGGUGUUCUCACCUUUAUAGGAGUAAGGAAAAGACGAAGAAGAUUUGCGGCACAAAAAUCCUCCAGUGAACAAAGAGUUCCUAUCCACAUGGCUACAGAGGAAAAUCCGGAGACGUAACCAUUACAUGAGAUAUUUGAUGUUACAGGUUGGAAGUAAUUGUAUGUGGCCUUAUUGGCAACGCUGGACCUUUUGUCUACUGAACUACGCCAGCACAGCAAACAAUCCAAUAUGCUGUAGAUAUUGGCAUACAUGUACAUGUAUAGUGCAGACUUUUUUUUUGUUGUUGUUGUUUUUUUUUAAAUCAGCGUGUGUGAAAAAUGACUUUGUAUCUGUAUAACGCACCAGCAAUUUAUCAGCCAUUGAUAGACGCCAUUUUAUAUUGGAUUUGUUGUCUCCCCUCGCCAUUAGGAUAAUGAGGAUUGGUACUAAGGUAUCUUAGUAUUACAUUGUAGGUUAUAGUUUAUAGGAAAGAGAUUCGCCGUUAAAUUAUAGGAAAGAUUCACCGUUAAAUUUUAAACAGUGACAGGAAAGGUAUUUGCUGAACUGCUAAUGUCAAUCUAGUUCCUGAUCAAAGGAAAUGUGGACUUAAUUGAUGUUGGUAGUUGUAGUUAGGAUAUGAAAGCAAUAAUAUGAUAUUACAGAUGGUGACUGACAAUUAGUUUUGUUUUAAAAGACUAGAUUAAUAGUCAUAAAAGCACAGUCAUGUAUAUAGUGAAAUUCUAUAAAUGUACUUUAAAUAUACAACUGAAAAAUUUGACAAUGCAAGUUAUUCUUGACAAGAAGUUUUAAGUAUUAAGCAGAUAACUGUUUAUGAAUCAUAACACAUGUAUAAUCCUUAUAUAAUUUGAAUAUUAAUUAUUUUGUCUGAAGGGACAUAGAAAUUGUGAGAUUAUCAUUUUGUCAUCAUAUUUUGUUUCUUCUGUAGUCUAAUUAAUGAGAUUCAAACAUAAUUUGAAGUUUAUUUUGCUCAACUCUGUAAAGCCUUUGCAAUAUUGGAGUAUACAACAUAUUUACAUGAAUAUUCAACAAAAUCUUACAUGUUGUACCAUGACUUUCAAAAAUAGAUUUUAUCAAUAUCUUAUUGCAUUAUUGAAACAGAUAUUUUAUUGUGUGUUGUCAUUUAGAUACGGUGACAUAUCUUGGGAGCCAUCUAUAAUAGUAGGGAGGUUCAAUGUAACAUAAUGUCAUUAAAAUCAUGUACGGGUAAAGAAGUCAUUGUGUAUAGUUUAACACUUAUUAUGUACAUGUAACUUAAAUUGGUUUGAGAUGAGAACUUUGGUAAGGGGAGUUAACUCUGAAAUAUCACCUUUUAGAGAAGCAUUAUGUAUUUAUCAAUCCUUGAAUUGUAAAUAACACAGGGACUGUUAAGCAUUAUUCUGCUUCCACCAUUUACAUGUGAACAUUAUAAAAAAAUAUUAUGGGGAGAUACCUGUCGGAAAGGACACUAAAUCCUAGGAAUUCAUUGUUUGGUACUGAUGCUGAAAAUUUAAAGUUUGAUAGGCAUACAUCAAGAUUUAUGUCAUACCCAGUAACACAGGCAUACAUCAAGAUUUAUGUCAUACCCAGUAACACAGGCAUAUAUCAAGAUUUAUGUCAUGCCCAAUAACACAGGCAUAUAUCAAGAUUUAUGUCAUAGCCUGGUAACACAGGCAUAUAUCAAGAUUUAUGUCAUAGCCUGGUAACACAAAAACUUAAUUGAAGGAGAAAACAAUCAUUUUUUAUUUCUUUAUUCUCUUCCCAAUGAAAAAUACUUGUUAUAUAAAUCUACUAUGGGUGUUUUCAAGUAUUUAUUAUUGAGUAAAACACAUUGUUUUAACCAGAGUGAUCAAAGGGUUGAAAUAUUUCAAAUGUGAUUCUUGUGUAUAACUUUUAUUGUUAAUGAAAGUAGAUGUGUGUGAUCUCAACAUUGAGUUUUUUUUGUUAAUUGUUUUUAUUUGUCAUUAUGAAUAUAGCCAGCGGCACUUUUCUUCGUAAAUUGAACAUCAUCUUAUUAUGUCCAAAACAGAGCAGGUGAUGAUUAUGUGUUAUCAUAAAAAAAAACAUUUGUCACUAUCAAAAUAAAUGUAGCAGUAAAUUUGAUGUUGUAACUUUUUAUGUCAGGUUACAUUUGUAGCUGCCAAGUUGCCUGCAAUAUGACAUACCAACUUUUUUCUCACUCUUUUACCUAUAAUUAUUAUGUAGUCUGUCAACGAGGUAUUUCUAACAGAACUGCUUACUUCAUGAUAAAUGAUAUAAUCAUUUAAAUUCUCCAUUUUACUAUACUGGGCCAAAUAAAGGUGGUUCCUUUUAUAUUUCAUUCUAGAUCUAUCUAUCUUUCUAGUACCAGUGUACAGUUUUGGUAUUUAAAUAUAUUCAAUUACAUCAUUGAAGCAAGUCGGUGUGAGUGAAUAUCUUUUGCAUGAUAUAUGAGAUUUCAAACAAAAAUGUCUUUUUUUUCAAAGAAAAGAGUAUUUGUUAAAUUGUUACGAAGAAUCAUUAUAAAGGAAGUCAUUAUCACCACAUACUACAGAUAUUUGAUGGUUGUCUGUCACUACAAUAUUUUUUUUUACAAAUACAGGACCUAGGAUUUGGUUUGGUUUGGUUUGUUUUGUUUAACGUCCUAUUAAUAGCCAAGGUCAUUUAAGGACGGGCCAGGUUUUUGAUGUGGAGGAAAAGCCGGAGUACCCGGAGAAAAACCACUGGCCUACGGUCAGUACCUGGCCACUGCCCCACGUAGGUUUUGAACUCGCAACCCAGAGGUGGAGGGCUAGUGAUAAAGUGUCGGGACACCUUAACCACUCGGCCACCGCAGCCCUAGGACCUAGGAAGCUUGGGAAUUCUUUACUUCAAUUUGUAUAAUGACAAUGUUUUGUGUAACUCCAUUUACAAUAUUUUUUUUUCAAUUGAAUUUGCCACCGUAAAUGCUGUUGAUAUUUACUAUUUUGAAUGUGUCUAGUCAUCUAGAACAAAAUAAACAUGUAUCUAUAACUAUAUUGCAGUAUGCAUGUUGUGUUUUAUCACAAUAUAUGUAACAGAAUCCUCUAUCACCUGCAUUUUAUCUCUAAUAACACAAAAUAAGUAUGCAUCCAUUUAAAGCCUUCAUAUUGAAUAAUAUUUAAGAUAUUUUGUGUCAUUCAAAAAUUCACGUUUCAACUAAAAGAAGUAAGAAUGUGGCAGGGAGAACCUGGAGUAGUUGAUAUGGAAGGCCAAUGUGUUGUGUAAGAGUGAUCUCCCUUGGUGUUAUGUUGAGAAUUGAUCAAUUGUAUCGCAGUGUGUUACAGUUUUUGUUUAACCACCUUUUAACAGCCAGGGUCAUUUAAGGACGUGCCAGGUUUUAGAGGUGGAGGAAAGCCGGAGUACCGGGAGAAAAACCACCGGCCUACAGUCAGUACCUGGCAACUGCCCCACGUAGGUUUCGAACCCAGAGGUGGAGGUCUAGUGAUAAAGUGUCGGGACACCUUAACCACUCGGCCACCGCGGCCCCCGAAACAGAUAUGCACUUCUGUUUAAGAAGAAAACAGAAGAAAAAAAUAAAUAUUGUGCCCUCUUUGAUUUUGGUGCUAAAACAUUCAAGAUUAUUUUAUGGUUCCAAUGUAAAAAGGUACAUGUAGCUUCAGAAAAUCUAUAGUGUUUGAUGUAAAUACUGGAUUGUCCUGUUGAGAUAUCAUACGACUAGUUUUAUAAUUUAACCUAUAUUGGAAAAAUAAUAUGAUGAUAAUCCUUGAUCUGACAUGAAAUGGUACGCCGUCACCUGCCAGAUCAUGUGGGUUUUCCCCAGGUACUGCCGCUUCCCACAUUAAGACCCCUUGCGCGCUUCCAUCUGGGUCAAAAAGCGUGAUUAUCAUAAGUUUUAUAACUUGUUUUGCAAUUGUUGUGAAAUAAAUAAACAUGAAACAUGACUGAUUUAA